ACGAAAUAACACUGCGAAAAAGGAGUAGAAAGGACACGGCGGAUGUUAUUAAUUCUAUUAUUGAUUAAUGUAUUGGUGCGAAAUUAAUGAAAAAAGACGUUUCUAGUGAAUAUUUCCUUCUAACAAUGAAAAAUAAGUGUAACAACUCAUAAAUAGGAUAAAUUCGUACUGUGAAAGUGGAAAAAGUGUAAUUCCUUGGUACGGUAAAAACUACAAAACUGGACGUUGGCUGGGGUAACAGGUGAACCGGCGAAAUCGGCGGCGGCCAUCUAAGGACCAAGUAAUUGUGUGUGUGACUGCGACAGCACAAUGAUGAAUCACCAGGAGAUAAUGGAGUUGUAUCUAUGUGAUGAUCAACUGCCUAUGGAUGAGAAGGUGAACCCUGGGGCAGCGGCACUAGGAACACCACGGGGAAAAUCCUCGAUGCAGGCAGACGUGUCAGGCGGCGACCUGGCAAGUGCGCCGGUACAGGAUCUGGUGAAGGCAUUAUUGGCGGGCGGCCUUACUACUACAAUCCAGGAGAUAGCCAAACAGCAGGCGGCCCUGGUGGUAGGCGAUGUAUCGGAGGCGAUAGCGGCGACUUCCAGGCACAGCGAGGUUUUGGGGGGUGGUCGUGAGUCCGGCAGACUGAAAAGGCAUUCCCUGAUGCUAGGCCAUGAAGAAGUGGAUUGGUUCGAUCCAGAUGAUCCGGAUACCAACAUCGAGCAUUGGCUCCGGAAAAUCGACCAUCUGGGGAUGAUCCGUGGCUGGACCAAUUAUGAACGGGCAACGUUAGCACAAGCGAAUCUGGCGGGCACAGCGAGGCGGUGGUUUUACCAACUAGAGGAUAAUGAUCUUACCUGGGACGAGUGGAAGGAGAAGUUAAGGGCGACGUUUCCCCGGCGUAUGGAUUAUGCAGAUAUGCUAGAAGACAUGAUAGGGAGGCAUAAGCUCACGGAUGAAAGCAUGACGACCUACUACCAUGCGAAACUAGCGUUGUGUCAUCGGGUGAGGAUCACCGGCAAGGAUGCGGUCUCUUGCAUCAUCAAGGGGUUACCGACAGAGUUGAGGGCCAAUGCACGGGCAGUGAGGUGCCCCACCCCUGAAAUCCUCUACAACAGCUUCCUGGCGGGACUGGAGAGCUGCCACGGCGAGAGUGCUCCCAGACGAAUGGCGUCGAGAAUGCAAGUACCUGAGAGGCAGGCGAGUAUCCCUCAACAAGGUACCUCCACGGCGAGGGGGUUAAAGAGGUGCUACAAUUGCCAGCGCUUCACUGAUCACGUCAGCAGAGAUUGUCCCCGACCGGCGGCUGACAGGUGUAGAUCCUGUGGAAAAGUGGGACAUAAGGCGUCCAACUGUCUCAAGAGGCGUGUCCAAGGCGGCAGCGGCAAUGGCGCAACCAGACCGGCAAAGGUUUUUUUCACUGUUUAAUCCGGUGAAUAAAUGUUUCAGGCAGGUGGCGUAUGUUAAUGGGGAGAGCGAACUCAGCGGCUAAGGAAUCACUCGUGGACAACAGCCGGCAGAUUUCAGUGAUGGACAAAUACACAAAAACCGAGCCAAGGCGAUGACUAACAAAAAUAGGCGGGGCGCGAAUAGAGGCGAUAAAGGGCGUAAGGGACUAUAAGCUGUUUAUGGCGGUAGUUGCUGUAGAUUUCCUGAGGCGUUAUCAUGGCGUGAAUGAUGUGGAGUAUGAAUCGGAGGAAAAUGGCGGAAGUGGCAGAAGUGGCGAAAGUGAGGGCGAGUGGAUUUAGUGAAUUUGGCGUGUAACUCUUCUGACGAAAUAGGCGUUUAAUUCGUCGUGAUUAGUACAACGUAUGAUGACGUUGUUGCAGGACAGCAGACUGUUAUGCAAAUUUGGAGUGUGAGGCAGGAAAAGACCAGCGCGGUAGAGACAAAGCGGGCCUCAGGCGUACGAGGCACAGAAAAGGAGUAGAAGGGACACGGCAGGUGUUAUUGUUGUAUUGUUGCGAAAUUAAUGAAUAAAGGCGUUUCUAGUGAAUGUGUCUUUCCUUCUAACAGUCGAAAAAUAAGUGUAACAGUAUGUUUAAAAUUGACCUCCGUAUUUCUAGAUCAACAGAGGUGCUACUGAUUACGAAGAAAUACGCAAUUUGAUU